AAUUGUUUUGCAAUAACUCAAAAAAGCAUUUUCAAUAUCAGACAUGCGAUGGAUAUUUUGACGUGAAAAGCGUUUUAUUUGGAUAUUUUUAUACAAGGAAAAUUUUUUUUUGAAAUUUCUUUUCGCGAGUAUUAACGGGCCAUUUUGAUACCACAGACGAAAAUGGAUUCUAAAAGUGCAAAUAUUGAUAUAGAUAUCUGUGGAAACACAUAUAUAGUUCCGAGAAGAAUGUUUGAAUGCGGACCUUCAUCUCGUUUGUCAAGAAUGUAUAAAGAAAAAAUUAUAAAUCCAAACAUUAAACGCAUUUUCAUUAACCGACCAAUUGAAGGUUUUCUAGCUAUUUUGUCUUAUUAUCAGACAGGCGAGUUACAUAUGCCGAUGACGUCAUGUCCGGUGGCGUUCCUUAAUGAACUCGAGUAUUGGGAGAUUUCGCCGGAUAUUCUAUCAGAGUGCUGUUAUAACAGGGUGCAGAGCUAUCUGAGUGAUUUGGAAACAUUACGCACAUUUAAAGAACAGCAAACAAAGUCAGCAACAUUGAAUCAACAAUACAACUGCUUAAAUGGAUGCCGAGCAAAAAUAUCAUCCAUUGUUGAGUACUCAAAGCCUUCACUUAUCGGAAAAGUUUACCUCGCAGUGACAUUUCUGAUGGUGAUUAUUUCUAUACUUGUGAUGGCAUACAGUACAGAUCCAAACUUCCAAAGAUUAAUGACCAAUUGCGAACGGCUAGACUACAUGCAUGCUUCUGGGCUUGCCGAUUAUGAUACAGUCAAACCAUACUUAAAACAAAUAUGUUCCGAAGUCGAUAUUCCAAAUGUGUUUACUAACAUAUCUGAAAAUACAACGGUAAGACUAGAGCGGCAUAUCAAUAAAACUGAGAAUAAUUUUCUUUUGUUUCUAAUCCAUGAAGAACAUAUUAAAAAUAAAACAUUUCCUAACAACAGCUCUGCUAAUGACAACAUAUUUGGGUUGAACAACUUUACAGAGCAAGUUUUACCCAAUGAAAGUUUUAUAAACGAUUUGAAACAUAAAAGUGAAAACAAUAGUGAAAUAGUUGGAGGGUUGCAGUCUUUCUUUUACAUAAAGGAAGCAUUCCAAACGACAAAAGAAAUUAAAGUUCCAAAUUUCAAGGCCAGGAUAUUUGUUCUUGUUUUAUUAGAUGGCAUCACAACCUUAUUUUUCACGAUGGACAUCAUGAUAAGGUUGUUAACUUGCCAGUCGGUACGACGCUAUUUUAGCUCUGUUAUAAAUUGUGCAGAUAUUAUCUCACUAUUAGGAAUAUACCUUUAUUUAAUUUUAUAUUCAACAUGUACCCACUUGAGAUACGGAAGCUGGAUCGACAGACUGGCAUACAUGCAAGUGUUACGAGUAUUGCGUUUCUUUCGUAUUAUAGUCAAUGUGCGUGCUGGGAAAGUGAUGUGGUACUCGGUUCGAAAAAAUAUAAAAGAUCUUUCUAUUUUGGUUUUAUUCUUGAUUACUGCUAUGACAACAUUUGCAAGCUGUUUUUAUAUCGCGGAAAGUGGGAAACCCUUUAACAGCAUACCAGAUGCGUGGUACUGGGCAAUCAUAACUUUGACAACCGUUGGUUACGGUGAUAUUCAUCCGCAAUCCAAGACUGGUAGGCUUGUUGCCUGCGUUUGUGCUGUGUCUGGUAUUUUACUUCUUGCUCUGACAGUGCCAGUUUUUGCCAACAAUUUCCUUCUCUUGUAUCAACACACAGAAACGGAGAACAUUGUCACGAAAUUUCGAAAACGAAGCAAGAGAAGCAAGAGGAGAAAAAUGCAUAGCGGUAUAGGUGAUGAAUAGUUUCAGUCCUAAUUCAUUAAACCUGCAAAAUAACUUGUCUGUUUGUUAUCUAAGACAUUUCAUUGUUGUUCUUUGAAAAACAAAGUGGCAACUUACAUGAUGUAAUUAUGAUUACGUUAUCAAUCUAAAAGUUUUUGCAUUACUUAUUAAAAGUUGUAACAACAAUAGAAUUAAAGCUGAAUGGAUAAUAUAUUUAAAAGAGGACUGUCAUUAUGUUGAUCAUGCCAUCAGUUGAUACGUAUUAAAAGAUGUUCAGGACAAAUAAUCAAAAUAUCUUAAAUAUAAAAAGGUUGUCUUUUUUAUAAACUGAAUGUAUUAUGUAAAUUACAAUGGAUAUCUAUAGAAUUCUACUUUUGUAACGUGAGCUAUUCAUUGUUCAUGCGAGAUAAAAUAAUA